GCACCUCCUGAUUGGUUGGAGGUGUUAGCGUGAAAGACUUUGUUCUGCUCUCUCUGAGCUGCAGGCCUCCGGUUUCCACUUUCCACCAGCAGCUGAGGAGCGCGGAGAGAGAGGGCAGUUAGUCCGGCCCACGCACGCCGCUCACCGCAGCAGCGCUGACUCACCAGACUCUGCACAACUUUCAUACUUCUGAUCUCUGUUGGGAGCUCAGCCGCUCCCCAUCGCUCCUCUUUGCCUGACGCUAAAGUCUCCCCUCGCAAAGACCCGAGGUCCGUCUUCUUCUCAGAGGAGGACACCUGCAGAUCGGCCCUCAGGAGGUGAUUGGGUACAGCGAUGACGGAGGAGUGACGGAGGCGCUCAGACACCGGAUCAGCUCAUCAGAGAGGAGAGACGGGCGUGAAAGAGACGGAGAAAAGUCCUCAGACAUGACGGAUGUUUGCUUACAGUAGUCGCCUCAUGAGGAGCAGAGAGCAGCUGCAGGCCCCAAAACGUCUCCGAUCCUCUGCCCAGCAUUCCACCGCCGCUCCCUCUGCCGCCGCCGCGUGUUCUCGGGUGUAGAUAAACCAUGGACUUCUCCUGGUUCCUUCUCCUCGUGUCGGCCGCCGUCUUCGUCUCCAUCGUCCUCCUGGCCGUCAUCUGUUUGGACUGCAGGAACAAAGGUCCACUGCGGUCCAUCCAACAAACAGCUUCAGAAGAGUACACAUCACCUGAAUUCAGAGUCAUCCAUGCAGCUCCUCUCUCCAUGCCGACUUCCAGAAGCCUUGCGAGCGGCAGCAUCAGCGUUGCCCAGCCGACCCUACCCCCGAACCCCGUCAUCAUUACAACCCCUCCACCUGACCCCCACCUGCGGCUUCCUUUUUCAACCAAACCUGAGCACAGACCUUACACCCCAACAGAAACUGGUGAGCCUGGAAAGGACAACGCAUUAUUUAAGUUGUAUUUUUCUGUUUUACCUUCUUACCCAAACCUGUUGCUCCAAUUCUGUCCUACAGAGAGCAACCCGAGUUAUGAGAAUCCAGAACCUGAGAAGGACGUUGACGAUCAUGAUAAUUACAUAGAGGUGUUACCCGACAAUCCGGAGGAGAGCAAAGGAGUCCCCGCGGACAUCGAGAGCCGAGCCUCGACGCCCAGUUCAGAUCAUAAUUACGUGAACCUCGAUGAAGAAGACGACGACGACGAACCCUAUGAGAACGUGGCACCAAAAGGUAUACUGCACUGCGCACCCGACGCUAUGCUCCAACUGUCCGGUACCUUCCCCCGUCGUGCGACUUAUCAAAGGUCCACUCCAGGUUCAUCCGCUCAGAGCAGCGAAGACGAGUACGAAGAGUCCAACUACGUCAACCAACCUAUGGGACUAGUCAACCACUGACGACCACAUCGAGCGUUCACCUUCCUCCAUAACGACGCCCGACCAGUUCUUUUUGUUUUGUGUUUUUUUUAAGCUGAACGACUGAGAUAAGAAACUGAGAUGAAGACCUGAAACACCUUCCUCCCCACUUCCUGCAGGCUCAGCAGUGUCAGUGUGAUCAGACUGACGGAGGCGUAAAACUGCACAUUUGAAACUUCCACUUUGGCCAUCAGAUACCUGGAAACCAGGUAAAUGCCAGCCGUGCUCUGGAGGAAUCCAUCCUGUUCCAGCGGCGUCCUCGGUCCAAACAGGAAGUCAAGUUUUGCUUCUUUGGUUUUGUGUAAAUAUCUGCUGGAGUGUUUUUGGACCUUUACGCUGCAGUUACACUCGGGAACCUGGAGCGGCGCGACUCGACCGGAAAUGACAUGUAAUCUGUUUACGGUGAGGAUUUGUAUUUGUGUGGCGUAUCCGGCCCAAACGUCACUGCUCUGAAACAAAAACUGCAAAAUUACACACUCGGCAAUAAAAGCAGAAUACAACCGGCCGAGCGUCCCUGCGGCAGACGAGCCCGAUCAUCGCGCCAGCCCGUCACAGCGACCGCAGACGGCCUCACGCCAGCCGAUCUCUGCCGUCACCUUAUUUAAAUAAAUGAAAGUAAUAACCGGCAGUCAGAUUUCGUUUCCUCCUUAGUGGGUAGACUGCCGUCCCAUUUUCAAACCUGCUCCCCCUACAGGCUGGAACCGGAACAGGAAGUCGCUGUGCAGGUUUCCCCGAGCGUCACCAUAGAGACACCAUAGAGUAUUUAUAAGUCACGAAGGUGGGAACACUAAAUUAGGAUCCUGUUAUUCGCUUUUGUAGCAGCGACAAAUCCAGCAGUGCGAGGAGGCGUCAGAUCAGUUUCUCUCCCGUGACUCUGACUCACAGGUUUCUCUCUUUAAAUAUUUGACUUAAAUACGUUAGGUUUUAUUUCAUUGGUUAACUCUUCCUUUCACACGCCUCGCGUCAUGAGGGGCGACAUGUUUGAGCUUUACUUUGAUGACACCUCCUGAGAACGUUCUCAUCCAUCCAGUGUUUUUCAUGUAUUUAUGUGCAGUUGCUGUUUGCUGUCGUCUCUGGGCCUGUAAAAACCUGAGUGUGAGAACAAAUGUUUUUUAAAGAACUACAAAUUAAAUGUUUUAAAGAAAA